AUGGAGUCAUGCAGCACAGUGGUGAGCACCACACUUGCCGUCUUCUUGGUUCUGCAUCUGGGUCUGAUCCCCAUUAUGGCUCAGCAAAACAAACCAGAGAUUGGGAUUGCAGGACAGGAGGUGAUCCUGAAAUGCAGAGACAUACCUCAUGAGAAACGUGUGACCUGGAAGUAUGAUAAGGCUGUUAUAAGGUCAUUUGAAGAUACACAUUUCAAAGGCAAAGCUGCCAUGACCGAUCGAUCUGAAAUCAACUCCAACAGUAAAGACCUGAGGGUGUUGGACUUAAAGCUCUCCGAUGCUGGCACCUACAUCUGUGAAUCUGGCUCUCACAGAGUCACUGUCUCACUGCAUGUCUUUAAAUUGACGGUCUCUUAUGAUGGGCACUUCCUGUCAAAUGAAGUCCCUGAGCUGACUUUAAUGCAAAAUUCAUCCCACACUCUGCCAGAUCUCAACAUCACAUUGUUUAACAGUAACAAUAGCAUAGUAAGACCAAGAAUCUUAGAAAAGACCCAAGAAAAAUACAUACUGGAGUUAAAGCAACUGGAGGCUACGGACAGCGGGACCUGGAUGUGUCACGUCCAAUCAGCCUCUCCAUUGAUUAAUUGGAACAUCUCCUUUGAUGUGAAGGUAUUAGGUUUUCAGAAUACAGAUUUGGAAAGAAAGUAUGCAACUGCUGAUAGCACUGUCAUCUUGUCAUGGCAUCUGAACUUCCGGAAAAUAAAAUGGAAAGAAGGUUUCACAGGACAGCUGAAUUGGAAACAACAGGAAAGUGCAACUGCUCAUGAGCUACUUGAUUUCAACGUCACAGCACGAGGAGAGCAGCAUGAGACCAAAAAAAGCAGCCGCUUUCAGUAUGAGAUAAGAAAACCUGAAAGUACCAUAGAACUGAAACUCCCCAAAGUCCAUUUCAACCACUCUGGGCAGUACCAGUGCCAGCUGGCAUACAAUAGAAGAUAUGUGCAGAGCAAGAUAGAGCUGGUGGUGAUGAAAGUCUCAGCUAACCCUGCUGGGCCACUCCCCAGAGGGGCCGAGAUGACCCUGACCUGCCAGGUCUCUAGUCCACUCCCAUCCAAUGCCCACUUGCGCUGGGAACGUGUGAAUGGGACUCAGACGGACAUCAAGAAGUCAAAGCAGAAUGAAGUAAAAGUGGAGGUGAAUGUCAGUGCUGCAGGGCUGUGGAACUGUCACCUCAUAGAAGAAAAUGACAAGAAGAUCAGCCUUAAUUACCACGUGGAGGAAGCUCCUGUUUGGAUUAUCUAUGUGAUAAUUGGAGCAAGUAUUGGAGGCAGUUUAUUGGUGUUUGGUCUUGCAUGCCUGGGCAUCAUCAGUGGUAUAAGCUGGCAGCGGAGAAGGCAACGGGCAAAAAGGAUGGCACGAGCAAGACAAUACUUGCUGGAAAACAAGACAUGUCAGUGUCAACAGUAA